GUUUUUUUGUUGUGGGCACGUAGUUUCAUGUGGGGUUUCCAGUGAAGGGGAGGAGGGGGAAACACUGCGCGACACCCAGCUCAUUCGCUGUUGGACUACCACACGUUACAGCAACCACACAGAAUCAACUUCAAAACAUAUCGGAAAACGGAGGAGGGAGGGUGCUGUCGGGAAUAUCGACGGUUUACAAGCCAGUUCACCAGCCAGGGGAUUAAAGCAGCCCGUCGGAUCUGUGCUGGAGUGAAGGUCCAGUUCGUGUCCAUACAGUGACCCCUAGAGUGAGCUGUACAGUGAGCCAUACAGUGAGCUGCGUUGCUGCCGGCCCAGUGGGCUGCCAGAGGACUCUCCGAGCUGUGGAUUGCAUCAUUAUACGACUAAAGCAAUUGGAGUCAGAGCUCUCCCUCCCUCCUCUUCCUCUAUCUCCUCUUAUUUUUUCCUCUAGGCCCGACUCUCCCUAUACUCAAACCCUCUGACCACUCCUACCACGCUGGGUAUGGUCCAUUCCCCCCCGACUCUCCAGCCGGUCAGGCAGUGAGUGGAUGGAAGCUGUGUAAUCCUCUGUAAAGUAUAGGGCCUUUACGGCUGCAUAUGGUCCCUUUUGUCAUGGUGACUGUUGUUGUUGCAGAGGCCUCCCUCGGGAGAGCACAUGAGGGAGAACAGAAGGCAGCAUAAAGCCCACAAAGGGAGGAAGAGAGAGCGAGUGAGAGACACUGACACGGCUAUUUAUUUGACCAUAGGAGAAUGAGCUACACAGGGCAAUGGAUGGCAUUCACUGGGGGUGAAACUACAUGAUGUGGGACUGGCAUUACCACCCCACGCCAAUCACAAAUUGGACCAACAGUCAUUUUUGGAGAUAUUUGCCACAUAGUGGGCUGCAGCACGGGAUGCAGUGAAACCGAAACAAAAACAUAAGACGUUUCUUUUCUUGAUUUAGAAUAUUUUUCUAUUUUUCCUCCCCUUGGUGGUCUUUUUCAAUUUCAGCGUACCAAAAGUGCCUUUUUGUCUACUUUUUACUCAUUUUCCCCUAUAUUCAUAUUCCUAGUUCCCACAGAUUAUUGUAUGUUAUUUAACAUACCAUAACUGUCACAUUAAAUGGUUGAUGCCAUAUUUGGGAGAAGGCACCUAUUGUAUGUUGUGGGCCACAGCACCAGCUUCCAUCAGAUACACAGUGGACAAUCAUCACUUCUCUAAGUAGCGUUUCUGCGUUGGGAGAGCCUGUUUAGUUCCAGCGUUUAAUCACCGAGGGUCGGGUUGUUUCUGCGUUGUCUUCUCCCAACCCCUGUUGCUUUGACGACGUCGACAUGAUCAGUAUCCAGUCGAAAUGGCGCUACCUUUUCAUGUUUCUGGGCAUCCAACUGGUGGUCAUGGCACUGCUGUCCCGAGAGGGAUACCAGAAGAGGGUCUCCUACUUCAUCCGUAUCUUCCGCAAGCCCGACACCACCGGUGUAUCAGGCCGCAACCAGACAACGGUUGGCAUACCUGGAGGGGAUGUGUAUGCCAACCUAUCAACACUUUUCAAAACUCCUGUCAGUGAAGGUCACAUGCCCUACUGCCCUAAGACGUCCCCACUUAUAGGUGGGCCGAUUCACGUCAAAUUUCCAUCCGGGCUGACCCUAGCAGAGGUGCAGAGGAAGAAUCCCCUGGUGAUGCGCGGAGGACGCUACCGGCCGCCGGACUGUGAGGCGAGACACCGAACAGCCAUCAUCAUUCCCCACAGACACAGAGAACACCACCUCAAGUUCCUCCUAUACUACCUGCAUCCUUUUCUGCAGCGGCAACAGCUCAACUACAGAAUUUACGUCAUUCACCAGGCUGGAACAUACACGUUCAACAGGGCCAAGCUGAUGAACGUGGGUUUCCGAGAAGCCAUGAGGGAGGAGGACUGGGACUGCCUCUUCUUCCAUGAUGUGGACCUCAUCCCGGAGGACGAUCGCAACACGUACAUCUGCGACUCCAACCCCAAGCAUGCGGCCAUCGCCAUGGACAAGUUUGGCUACAAGCUUCCGUACAAGAUGUACUUUGGAGGAGUGUCAGCUCUGACGCCACUGCACUACCUCAAGAUGAACGGCUUUCCCAACAACUACUGGGGCUGGGGUGGAGAGGACGACGAUAUUGGACUCAGAGUGUCUCUGGGGGGGAUGUACAUCACUCGUCCAUCAGUGAAGGUUGGCCGGUACAAGAUGAUUAAACACAAGCUGGACAAAGGCAAUGAUGUGAACCCAAAGAGGUUCAACAUGCUAGCCAAAACACGUCAGACCUGGAAGUCGGAUGGGAUGAACACAGCUGAAUAUGAGCUAAUCUCACGGGAAUACAUGCCCCUCUACACCAACAUCACUGUUAACAUCGGCACUGAGGCCGGUCUACAUCCGCCUCCACCUCCGCAUCCUCCAGAAAAAGCUCCAGAACAACAUCCAGAGAAAGCACCUGCCGAAGUCCCAGUCCCAGUCAAAGUCCCAGUCAAAGUCCCAGUCAAAGUCCCAGUCAAAGUCCCAGUCAAAGUCCCAGUCAAAGUCCCAGUCAAAGUCCCAGUCAAAGUCCCAGUCAAAAUUACAGAAGGAGACGCAAACAAAAAGCCCACAUUAAAGACUGCUAAUCAUGUUUAACUCUGCCAUGACUUCAAUGGGAUAAUCCUAUGAGUACAUGCUGUAGGAUGCUGUUUUUUUUCUCCUCAAUCACUUGGAAAAGUUUUCACUUUUGUGUUAGUUUUUGGUGGCAUUUCUUUGUGGACAGUGGGACACUGAUUCAGACUUUUUGAAAAUGAAAACAAUUGACCAGAAUUUCUCAACCCUUAGAUGACGGCACUCCAAUCCACCUUGGCUCCUGUUCUAUCACUGACUCUUCUUCCAAUGGGAGCCACAGUGAAGGGUGAAGGGUAAAAGUUUGACUCUGUGAGUUUAUAUAUCUACAGCGCUGUGGUCGCUGGUUAGACCUUGUGAUGCCUUAGAAGCUUGUUGUGUUUUCUGUCUCUUCAGUCGUACCUUACAUUUUUCAGAGUGUUGGGUUUAAUGGAGCAGUAGCUGUAAUAUCCAGCAGUCACACUUGUUUUUUUUUGUCCAAAUGCCAAUGAAUACAUGACUGAAGCAGACAGAUUCUUGUUUGUAGUUGUGUGUGUGUAGCUGCUACAAUGAGUGAUGAAUGAAGGAACUUGAAAAUGCUGUGUAUUACUUCUACAUGUAGUACUGCUUUUGACUGAACGCUGCACGUAUACCACCUGUCUGCAAAUACCUGGGGUCUCAUUUAGAAAGACCCUUAUCCGUUUGGUUUCUGCAUCAGGUGGACUAAAUCCUUCAAAUGUUUUCAAAGUUAUAGAUGCCCUCAAUUUCAAUGGCAAUACUAAUGUCAGAGAGAGUUCGUUCUACGUAUUGGUUCUGUAAACCAAGGCCAAGGUACAGUUCUUCUAUCUAAAGGCAGUGCAUUCAAUUCAGCCGUUUGAAUUACAGCGUAUCAGAUAUCAACAUUUGAUUUUUUGUUAUUGUGUGCAUUUGCCUUUAUCCAAUAGAGCACCUCUUUGUGACGGUGAUCAGCCCUCUGCCUUCAGAUGAGCUUGAGAUUCACAUCCAAAUGGAGUCUGUCUUGCUUAACGAUAUCUUUAGCAAUUGUUAAUCAAGUUAUAAGCUCAGCAUUCAGGAAACAAGGCUAUGUUUCUUUCUCUUUUCUUUUGUCCUCUUUCAAACACACAGAAACAAUUUGUCCUUUUUUGUGUAUUUUUUUUCAAGUUUCUCCAUAAUGUGACUCUGGAAGCCUUUACAUGGAGACAUCUGCCAUUUCCUUUCCACUUGUGCCCGUAUACUGCAUGUCUGCUCCUCCUUCUCUUCGCUCUCUCCACUCUGACAGAUGUGAUUGUAAACACGCGAAAAAAAGAAACAGUCCCCUCUUCCACUGAGAGUGGCUGUACUGGCAGGUGAACAGGCUGAAACCAAAGACGACUGCAUGGAAAGCUGUCGAUGGAUAAAAAAGUGUGUGUGUGUGUGUACUUUGUUGUGAAUGAUCUCUGUACUACUCUGUCUUUAUGUACAAACCUUUCAUCUCUUCCUAUCAAUACUUCUAUUAUGUUGUUCAAAGAAUCUCACACCAACAUGUAUUCAAAACACUCAUAUUUUACGAAGUUUUUUUGUUGUGAAGAGAUGCAGAUGGUCCAUGAUGAUCAUAAGUGAUUUAUUUUUUGAACGCUGAAAUGAAAACUUAUUUUUUCAUCAUGACAUUGGGCAUUUGAGUAAGAGGACGAAUUGGGGCUCUGUGAGUGUCUGCCUGUGAUUUUUCAUAAAUAGAUGACUAUAUACUGUAUUAUCAUUUUGAUGUGAAUUCAUAUUCGAUUCCUAUGGCCUUAGCAACACAUAAUAGUGGUAUUUCAACUUGUGCUCACUAAAACAAUAGCAUCUUUAUAUCAAGACUUAAUAUGCAUGGCAACAAACCUAUUAGCAAGGAAAUGUACCGAGCACAAUGUGAAGAUGACACAUAUCAGUGCUCCUCUAGAAAAAUAUGAAGCAUGCUGAAGUGUCUAUGUUGUGAACUGGAAACUCUCUUAUGGUGACUGUAAAUGCAAGUUUCUGCUGUGGGGAAUGCUCCUCGCUGUUAACUGUAAGGAUUAAAGUAGGGCAUUUCUUAGAAAGAUGAACAAAGGAAGCUUAUAUUCCCAAAGUCGCAGCAUACAGUCUCCAUCAUUAACUGUGCAACACUCAACUUGAUGUUUUGUGUUUCUGAUUUAAGCUACUUUACGUUUGAUUUGACACCGUUCUGAUGUAGAUUAGCUCAGCAGCAAUAGAAAGCAGUCAUCACAGGGUAGUACUGAAGUAACCAAGGGCAACAUGACUUUGUGAGUUAUUUCUGCUCUCUCUUUUUGAAUUCUGCACAGUCCAGAGUGGCCUUAAAUUCAUUAAUAAACUGAUUAUUCAAAAGCAA